ACCCAAUUUGGCAGAGGGGUCCGAGAGGAAGUCUGAGAAAGCUACAAAAAUGCCUUAGCUCACCCUGACCCAAUUCUGGAUGCAUCUGGCACGGGCGGUGAGGGGCUGAAGAGGAGCCAGGGAAAAAGUCGUGCAGAUCUGAGAGGAUCCCAAGAUGGCUGGGCGAAAACUUGCUCUAAAAGCCAUUGACUGGGUAGCUUUUGGGGAGAUCAUACCCCAAAACCAAAAGACCAUUGCUAACUACCUGAAAUCCUGUAGUGAGACCCUCAGCUCCAGGUUGGCUGCUCUACCUGAGAAGCCACCAGCUAUUGACUGGGCUUACUACAAGGCUAAUGUGGCCAAGGCGGGCUUGGUGGAUGACUUUGAGAAGAAGUUUAAUGCCCUGAAAAUUCCAGUACCAGAGGAUAAAUAUACUGUCCAGGUGGAUGCUGAGGAAAAAGAAGAUGUGAAAAGCUGUGCUGAGUUUGUGUCUCUCUCGAAGGCCAGGAUUCAGGAAUAUGAGAAAGAGCUGGAGAAGAUGAAGAACAUAAUUCCGUUUGAGCUGAUGACCAUUGAGGACUUGAAUGAAGCCUUCCCAGAAACCAAGUUGGACAAGGAGAAGUAUCCCUAUUGGCCUCACCAGCCAAUUGAGAAUGUACAAUAUUGAGUCUGGGAGGAAGCUCUGGCCCUUAUAUUACAAACCGUGGACAUUAAAAAGAAAAACAAUUAUAUAGUU